AGUUACUCUUUUGCUGUGCUGUCGCGCUUGGGCUUUUGCGGAAAAUCCAUAAAAUCUUUAAUUAAAUAAUGGAAAGUAAUUAAUUAAAAGAAAUGUUUAAAGAGUAUUUAGGGACCCCCACCAAUGGAGGAAGCACAAGUAGUGCUGAGUAGCAGAGUAGGUGGAAGAGAAUCAUCGAGUUUCGUGUCCAGGCAUCUCCUCCUCCAUAAGUAUCAUCAUCGUCAGGUAUCUUCCUGUCAUGGGAAAUUUGGAGUUGGAGUUUGGGGUUUGAGGACGCCAUUUUUGGGUUUGAGAUUGAGGGAACUUGUUCACCAGGGAAGCUUCCUUCCAUUUUCGUCUAUCAGAAAGAAGGGACCUAGUAAGAAGUCAUUUACUGAAAGGUUGGAAUCUAAAAUGGCUGAUUAUAAAGGGAAGGAAGUUACUGCAGAUGUCACCUCAGGACGUAUGGUUUUCGAACCUAUCUUGGAGGAUGGAGUCUUCAGAUUUGAUUGUUCUGCAAGUGAUAGAGAUGCAGCAUAUCCAAGUUUUUCUUUUGUAAAUAGCAAGGUUAGGGACACACCAGUCAUAGAUCACAGGGUGCCUAUAUACAUACCCAACUUCCAAUGUCACUUGGGGCAACAGAUUGUGAAUUUUGAGUUUCCUGUUGGCACCUCAUUUUAUGGAACUGGAGAAGUUAGCGGGCAACUUGAGCGGACAGGAAAAAGGAUUUUUACGUGGAACACUGAUGCAUGGGGCUAUGGUUCUGGAACAACAUCAUUGUAUCAAUCACAUCCUUGGGUAUUAGCUGUUUUUCCAACUGGAAAGGCACUGGGGGUUCUUGCUGACACAUCACGGCGUUGUGAGAUUGAUCUGAGGAAAGAAUCAAUAAUACAAUUUGUUGCUCCUUCCCCAUAUCCUGUCAUUACAUUUGGUCCAUUUGCUUCACCAAGUGAUGUUUUAAUAUCUUUAUCACAUGCUAUUGGAACUGUGUUUAUGCCCCCAAAGUGGUCAUUAGGCUAUCAACAAUGCCGUUGGAGCUAUGACUCUGACAAAAGAGUCCGUGAGAUUACCAGAAAGUUCCGGGAGAAGGGUAUACCUUGUGAUGUCGUAUGGAUGGACAUAGACUACAUGGAUGGUUUUCGUUGUUUCACUUUUGAUCAGGAGCGCUUCCCAGAUCCAAAGUCUUUGGUAAAAGAUCUUCAUCAAAAUGGUUUCAAAGCGAUAUGGAUGCUUGACCCUGGGAUUAAACAGGAAGAUGGUUAUUUUGUCUAUGAUAGCGGUUCAAAAGAGGAUGUGUGGAUUCAGAAAGCAGAUGGAAAACCUUUCAUAGGGGAAGUCUGGCCUGGGCCUUGUGUUUUCCCGGACUAUACACAGGCAAAAGUUCGUCUAUGGUGGUCCAAUCUGGUUAAAGAUUUUGUUUCUAAUGGUGUUGAUGGCAUAUGGAACGAUAUGAAUGAACCAGCUGUUUUUAAGACUGUAACUAAAACAAUGCCUGAGAGUAAUAUUCAUAGGGGAGAUGAAGAACUUGGAGGCUGCCAGAAUCAUUCACACUAUCACAACGUGUAUGGCAUGCUGAUGGCAAGGUCAACUUAUGAAGGCAUGAAGUUAGCUGAUAAAAACAAGCGUCCUUUUGUUCUCACCAGAGCUGGAUUUAUUGGUAGCCAAAGAUAUGCUGCAACAUGGACGGGAGACAAUCUUUCAAAUUGGGAGCACCUCCAUAUGAGUGUUUCAAUGGUACUUCAAUUGGGACUCAGUGGUCAGCCACUAUCAGGACCUGAUCUUGGUGGCUUUGCUGGAAAUGCAACCCCCAAGCUCUUCGGAAGGUGGUUGGGUAUAGGUUCUAUGUUCCCAUUUUGCCGUGGGCACUCUGAAACUGGCACUGUUGAUCAUGAACCAUGGUCCUUUGGAGAAGAGUGUGAGGAAGUAUGCCGCUUGGCGUUGAAGAGGCGCUACUGUCUUAUACCUCACAUAUAUACUCUUUUCUAUAUGGCUCAUACUACAGGAACACCAGUGGCUAGUCCUACUUUCUUUGCUGAUCCUAAAGAUCCCCACUUACGGAAAGUUGAGAAUUCUUUUCUGUUGGGUCCACUUCUAGUCUAUUCAAGUCUAUUUGUCAUGAUUAGCACUUUGCCUCAUCAGGGGAUCGAUAAUUUGCAGUUCGUAUUGCCCAAAGGAAUUUGGUUGAGUUUUGACUUUGAUGAUUCACAUCCAGAUUUACCAGCUUUAUACUUGCAAGGUGGAGCAAUUAUUCCUUCAGGUCCUCCUUAUCAGCACACUGAUGAAGCUAAUCCGUCAGAUGACUUGACACUCUUUGUGGCUUUAGAUGAACAUGGGAAAGCUAAAGGUAUUCUCUUCGAAGAUGAUGGGGAUGGAUAUGGAUUCACAGAAGGUCAAUUUUUGUUGACACAUUAUGUUGCUGAACUUGAAUCGUCAGUUGUUACUGUUAAAAUUUCCAAAACCGAAGGAUAUUGGAAGAGGCCAAACCGCCAUUUGCAUGUGCAAUUGUUGCUUGGUGGAGGUGCAAAGCUUGAAGCAUGGGGCAGAGAUGGAGAGGUUAUUCAAAUUAAAAUGCCAUCAGAAGAGGAAGUAACUCAGCUGGUAUUUACUAGUGUUGAGCAAUACAGAACUCGUUUGGAAAAAGCAAAGCGCCUUCCAGAUGUGGAAGAGGCUCCUGGACAUAAAGGAACAGAACUUUCAAAGGCUCCUAUCGAACUGAAAGGUGGCGAUUGGGUUAUAAAAGUAGUUCCUUGGAUUGGAGGCAGAAUAAUUUCCAUGAUGCACCUUCCCUCAGGAACACAGUGGCUUCACAGUAGAGUUGAGAUUAAUGGGUAUGAAGAGUAUAGUGGUACUGAAUACCGGUCUGCUGGAUGUACUGAGGAAUACAAUGUCAUUGAACUGAGUUUAGAGCAUGCAGGAGAAGAAGAAUCUCUUAUGUUACAAGGUGAUAUUGGUGGUGGAUUGGUUUUAGAACGGCUGAUAACCAUUCCAAAGGAUGAUCCUAAGGUUUUACGUAUUAAUUCUAGCAUUAUAGCUCGCAAAGUUGGUGCUGGCUCUGGUGGAUUUUCGAGACUGGUUUGCCUUAGAGUACAUCCGACAUUCACCCUCGUUCACCCAACGGAAUCUUAUGUCUCAUUUACGUCCGUUGAUGGGUCAAAGCAUGAAAUUUGGCCGGAAUCCGGGGAGCAGUUUUAUGAAGGGAAUCUUCUACCAAAUGGUGAAUGGAUGCUAGUCGACCGGUGUCUUGGCUUGGCACUGGUGAAUAAAUUCGAUGUUAAACAGGUUUAUAAGUGUCUCAUCCACUGGGGAACAGGAACAGUAAAUUUAGAGCUGUGGUCUGAAGACAGGCCUGUUUCAAAGCAGUCUCCUCUUAAUGUGUUCCAUGAUUACAAAGUCAUCAGCAUUCCUUAAAAAUGUUAUUUUCACACUUAAGAGGUGGUGAUCCCAAACUGUAUAACAAUUCUCCAAUAAAUAAAAACUUUACAUGGACAAUAAUAUUAUAUCUUGCCCCUUGGCAUUGCUUUUC